AUGCCAAGCGUCGACUGCCGGCUCCUUGCGACAAUCGUGGAUACCUAUGAGGCCAUAUUGGAGCGAGGUGGCUGGGUUUUGCGUGGCGACAGUGGGCGCGCAUACACGCCUGAAGUUCUGCAUCCCAAGAGCAUGUUUCACAAGCCACUUAUUUUACUCGUAUCAUGUCAGCCGCCGCGCGCAUACAUGGCGUGUUCCGACGUCGCCGAAGUCUCGGGACGGCAGCUGUCAGUAUGCACUGAUUCUCAUACGCCCGUGAGAACCACCGAGCAGCAAAAGAUAGCCUGCGUCUCCCAGCCGAACAAACCUAUAAAUCCCGAGAACACAGUACGUAUCGGGAUCUUCGGUGUCUUCCGCAAUGGCGCAAAGCGACGGGUGAAACAGUCAGGUAUACGUUGUGUAGUGUCAACUGACAGUGACUUAGGUGUACUUAGCCUUGCAUCUCCACCACUUUUCCAUAUGACAUCACACUUACCGCCAAACACCAACCUCGUCGCUUGGAUGAAUACAGUCAGUCACUUUUUCAAGAGACAAUUUAGCGCCGGACUGGACACUGUGAUUUCGGCCUACAAGUCCACCGCAACUGUACAGUUGUGUAUAUUUGUUCUGCUCUACUCGUUUCCAGCGCCGCGGACCGAUUGA